AUGGCCGCCCCGCGGGGCCCGCACCCCCUGGCGCCCGCCCCGCCCCCGGCGCACGCCGGACUCCGCGCGGCGCGCAGGGCAAGUGGGGGCGCGGGGCGCGAGCCUCUGGGGCUGGGCGGGGCGGGCCGGAGAGCGGGGAGCGAGCGCGGGGGCCGCGGCAGGGGCGGCGCGCGGCGUCGCGUUCACUCGGGGUUCCGCGCGGAGCGCCUGCAAGUGGGCCCGGAGCGCGGGCCCCAGGGGCGGGGCCGCGCUGGCGGGGGGCGGGAGCCGGGGGGGCGCGAGCGCGCCGCGCGUGGGGCGGCGGCCAGGGCAGCGCGCGGCGUCGCGUCUGCUCCGGGCUCCCGGAUCCGCACCUCUGCGCGGCAGCCGCGCCCCCUCCUAGACGUUUCCUCCCGCUCCCGAAGAGGAAGGCGUUUUUUUCCCCCUUUCUGCUGUCAGGGAUCUAGGCAGCCGAGGGGCGAGGCGCCCCCGAGCACAUUUAAAGGGGCCGAGGCCGUGGGGACUCGGGGAGAGCGCGGGGUUCAAGGGACUAGGAUCCGGGCGGGUGACGCGGGGGAAGCCGGCGAGUUGGGCCUUUGGGGCCUUCCUGGGCCCUUCGCCCAACAGGCCGUCCAUCUCUUCGUUUUCAACCUCGCGCAUUCAUUCAGACCUUCACCAAGAGCGGUGCUGAGCGUGGAACUAGACAGCUCCAAAUUCUUGCCGUCACGCAGCUUAGAGGGGAGAAGAUCGGCAGAGACACAGGACAAAUAUGCCAUAAGUAUCAUUUCAGAGAUUGUACACAGGCCAGCACCUCCCUGGGACCAGACCCGGUGCUCAUUGACAUGAAUGACUCAGAGAAGCCUUCGCCAUGGAGCUCCGUGUCUGGCUGGCCAGGCAACAUAGUUCUGCUUCCUUGGAGAGCGCUGGGAUGGGGACAGUAGUGCACAGUGUGGGAACUCAGAGGUGGCCUCCAAGUGGAGAGGGCCCAAGCAAGGAAAGUCCUUUCAGGUAGAGGGAAUAGCUUGGGCAAAGUCAGAGGGGUCAAAAGGUAUGGCCUGUUGGGGCUGCCAUGAGGGGUUUGGCUUGGCAGGAAGUUGAGGGUGGAAGCAUCCCAAAGUGAGGUGCAGAAGGGCCAGCGUGAGAGGUGCUUUGCCACACUAAGGACUUCCUUCCAUCAGUCACUGAAAGCUGGCAAGGAUGAUGUCUUUCACAUAUAACUGGCAACUAAUAUUUACAGAGCACCUGCCUGGUGCCUGUCACAGUGCUUAAGCUAUGUACAUACAUGUUUAUUCAUUUAAGCCUCACUACAGUCCUAUGAAGCAGGUAUCAAAAUUCUUGCCAUUUCACACAUGGAGAAACUGAGUAAAGUAAGUGUUCAAAUGAGACUUCCGGACUCUGUUCUUGCCAAAAUUUGCUCUAUCUCUGCAGCUCCAGACCCAACUCAAGGUGUGGCUUGGUCAUUUGGUAGAUUGGUUGUGAGUCUACUAAGUGCCAGGUUGUAGAAUUUCAGCAUUUCCAGCACUCUGUGGGAAGAGAGCAGGGGGAUGUCUCAAUUUGUUUUGGCAAUUUAGUCAACAUAUCUACUACUAUGUGGAAGUUGAGGGAGGAACAUGGGACAUAACCCCCACCUCCCACUACCACCACCAUCCUUUCCUGUCCAUCAGAUGGGGAAGAAAGGCCCAGAGGCGACCCCUUGCCAGGGUGAUGGUUCCAGGGCUGGGGCUAUGUGUGCAGCCCUGGCAUCGAAUGUUAGAACCCAACACUUAGUAGGUUCUCAAAAAAAUUUUUUUGGACAUGAAAUAAAGGCUUAGGACAGAGGUUCAGACUAUUAUUUAAGAUCACUUUAGUUUUCUGGGAUUGAAGGUGGCAGAGGCUAGAAUUUUUGGAACUUGCUAUGCUGGGACUUUGCAAGGAGGCAGAAUCCCGAAUGAACACAAGGCAUUUCACAACCAUGGCUGUGUCUGCCUGCAUCUAGGCACCUGUGGUCCAGCCUUUGGUCCAGGUGGUCUGAGAUGACCAGAUGUUUCCAUUGCAUAGAUGAAACACUUACUGCUCUGAGCGCACUGCUGAGCCACAGCAUCAGCAUUGCUCAGGUGCUUCUGAGAAAUGCAGAACCUCAGGCCCUGCCCCAAACCUACUGAACCAGAAUCUGCAUUUUAACAAGCUCCCCAGAUGAUCUAUUUGCCGUAGACAACCUACCCCAUUCUUUUUUGGCCAGAGCACACGAAAGUAGAGAAAAGACAUCGAAGUUUCCCCAGGUUCUCACUGGGGUGAGAACAUAAUCUCCUAACCUUUGUCUCCUUGUUAAUACAUUACUGGAAGGUUGGUAGGUUUCUGGGUAUCUAUGAGCCAAUGCUAAGCAGAACUCCUGGUGCUCACUAAAAAUAUUACAUUCAUGAAGGUCUGAUUUGAAUUGUUACAUGAGUCAGUUGGUGCCUGGCAUACAGAAGGUGUUCAGGUACACACAGGGAAGAUAGGAAUCAAUAAACUUCAGUUAGGUAAUGUGGAGAGGCUCUGGGGAGGAUAAACUUUUUUUCCCAUCAUUAUGAAAAAUCUUAUAUAGUGUUUUCACACUCAGCAAACUCUCCUCUCCAGGUUUGCAGGUUUUCUCUUGGUUUAUCUUUUAAUACCUACAGUGUAGAAUGAGAUUAUGCACACUUUCAGGCAAGUGCCUCAGGUGUACCUUGGUUUCCCCAAAUCAGGAAUUGAAUUGAAUCCUUUCAAAGGACCUUUUAAUCUUCAAGCCAUGACAGAGUCCUUAAACCCCCAGCCUUUUGUGGAGAAGUACUUGAGCCUCGGGAAUAGAAAAUCUAUGGCAGAAUCAGUGUCAUGCAGACAGGCUCUUAAUAAACUUUAUGGAUCCCCACAUGGAAAUGGUGAAGAAGGUAAGCUGAUGAAGUAACCGUGGAAGUCAUGGUGAAGGUGGGAGACGGGAUGUGGCUGGCAGUGGAGGUGGAGGUACUGGACCUCACAGAUGGUGGAGACGAUAGACUUGGAGAAGACGGAGGUGGCAGGAGGGCUGGUCAAGGUGGUGGAGAGAUGGUAGAGAAGGAGGGAGGGUGUCUGUUGGAAUGCGGGUACGCAUGAGUGAGUGGAUAAAUCACUUCAAUAUUUGAUGCCAAAAGAAAGUAUGUUUUAAUAAUUGAGCUUGUUUCCGGGUAUUAACAACAACAAAAAAAAUAACGUAGGACCCCAGGGCAGGAACAGGAGAAAGCUCAGAUAAUUCAAUCUACAGCCACUGCUACCCUCAGUGGUAGGACCUGCAAAAGGAGAAAGGAGGGCAGGAAGAGACCUCAGUGCUUUGCUAAGCCCUUUCCACCACUGUUGAAUUUGGGAUUUGAGGCUAAGCCAUGUCUACUUAAGAAGAUCACAGCACCAGUGACAGUUGGGAAAACACACAAGUCUGAGCCUGUUGGCUGAAGCCACAUGGUGGUAUCGAGUGAUGGACUGUGAAGCUGAAAUGCUUACUCCUU